GGAGAGGAGCGAGCGGCUCCCAGCCGCGCAGCCCGGGAGCUGGGGGCUGGGGACACUCUUCCCUGCCGCGGGGGAGCCGCAGGAGCAUCUCCCCGGAGACGGGCUGCAUCCGGCCGGCCGUCCCGGGGUCCUGAAGCCGGGAUGCAUCUGCUUCAGAGCAACGAUGGAAAGAGAAAACCCACUGCCGGUGGCAACUGACAGCCGGGAGGGGCUGCUGCAGUAGCUGGUGCUGCAGAAUGUGAGUGAAGAUCUGAGCCCCGCUAGGUUCUCCAUCCCGCUCCGUCCUCGUGGACCGUCUCCCCGGAGGGAAACCGGGGAAACAGAGGCACUCACCGAGCGGGGCGCCACCCUGGAUCCGUAACUGUGAACUUCCCAUCGUGGAAAAUGGUAAACAAAGACAUGAAUGGAUUCCCAGUCAAGAAAUGCUCAGCCUUCCAAUUUUUUAAGAAGCGGGUACGAAGGUGGAUGAAGAGCCCCGUGGUCAGUGUGGACAAGCACCCAAGUCCGGGCCUGAAGUUCCCCGGCUCCUCCAUGGUGGCCGUCCUGCCAGGGGAGCUGGACUUUGAGCCUCCCUUGUGCCAGAUGUGCCUGGGAGACCACGCUUUCCAGCGAGGGCUUCUCCCGCAGGAGAAGGAGUCCUGCUCGUGGGAGACCCCACUCGGGGGUGAAGUGAAGGAGCCAUGUAAUCAAGCCAACUUCCUGACCAAGCCCGAUCCAAGAACCUUCUGGACCAAUGAUGAUUCAGCUUUCAUGAAGCAAAGAAGGAUGGGCCUGAACGACUUCAUUCAGAAGAUUGCCAGUAACUCCUAUGCAUGCAAGCACCCUGAAGUUCAGUCGAUUUUGAAAAUCUCCCAACCUCAGGAGCCGGAGCUUAUGAAUGCCAACCCUUCUCCUCCACCAAGCCCUUCUCAGCAAAUCAACCUUGGCCCAUCAUCCAAUCCUCAUGCGAAACCUUCUGACUUUCAUUUCUUAAAAGUGAUUGGAAAAGGCAGUUUUGGAAAGGUUCUUCUAGCAAGGCACAAGGUGGAAGAAGCAUUCUACGCAGUCAAAGUUUUACAGAAGAAAGCCAUCCUGAAAAAGAAGGAGGAAAAGCAUAUUAUGUCGGAGCGGAAUGUUCUGUUGAAGAAUGUGAAGCACCCUUUUCUGGUGGGCCUCCACUUCUCUUUCCAGACUGCUGACAAGCUGUACUUUGUCCUAGAUUACAUUAACGGUGGAGAGUUGUUCUACCACCUCCAGAGGGAGCGCUUCUUCCUGGAACCGCGGGCUCGUUUCUAUGCUGCUGAAAUAGCCAGCGCCUUGGGUUACCUGCACUCUCUGAACAUCGUUUAUAGAGACUUAAAACCAGAGAAUAUCUUGCUAGAUUCACAGGGACACAUUGUCCUCACGGACUUUGGACUCUGCAAGGAGAACAUCGAGCACAAUGGCACGACAUCCACCUUCUGUGGCACCCCUGAGUACCUGGCCCCAGAAGUGCUUCACAAGCAGCCGUACGACAGGACCGUGGACUGGUGGUGCCUGGGGGCUGUCUUGUAUGAGAUGCUGUAUGGCCUGCCUCCUUUUUAUAGCCGAAACACAGCUGAGAUGUACGACAACAUCCUGAACAAGCCCCUCCAGUUGAAACCAAACAUUACAAAUUCUGCCAGGCACCUCCUAGAGGGCCUCCUGCAGAAGGACAGGACAAAGAGGCUCGGUGCCAAGGACGACUUUAUGGAGAUUAAGAAUCAUAUCUUCUUUUCCCUGAUUAACUGGGAUGAUCUCAUUAAUAAGAAGAUAACUCCCCCUUUUAACCCAAAUGUGAGUGGCCCAAGCGACCUGCGGCACUUUGACCCCGAGUUCACUGAAGAGCCGGUCCCCAACUCCAUCGGCCGGUCCCCGGACAGCAUCCUCAUCACAGCCAGCGUCAAGGAGGCCGCCGAGGCCUUCCUGGGCUUCUCCUAUGCCCCUCCCAUGGACUCCUUCCUCUGAGCAGCCUUAGAGGGCCAGUUCUGAAGGAUUCUGCGUGUUUUCAGAUGUUUUCGUUAGCCUUUCGGCAGAGCUGCCGGCCGACAGGACGUCUUUCAAGAGAAAUUUGCACAUCUCUGGGAGCUGGGCGGUCUUUGUUGCACACUGUUUGCUGGAAGCUUCUUGAAGAACACACCCUGAUUUCAGUGAGCUCACGGGGUCUUCAUUUUCACUCGUUCCUUCCAACGUGGUGCUAUCUCUGAAACGAGCAUUCGAAUGCUGCCCUAGACAGACGCAGUCCUCUUAGAAGGAAGACUGUUUUCUAGGAAGGCUCUUGUGAAGGGCUUGUCUGGGCUUUGAUAGAUGCGACUAUUCUGAAAUGUGCCUUUCCUGUGAGGUCGUGUGAGCUCCAAAGCUUUUCCUAUUGCAAGAGUGUUCGGGUCCUUUAUUUUCCCUUGUGGGUUCACUGUGCAAGCAGUGGGAUGAGUGUGGUGUGUGUGAUCACAGAUGGAUUUAGUUAUGGGCAUCAAUGUGACACUUGGCAGAGCGCUACAACGUGGGACAUUGUUUGUUUCUUCCAUAUUUGGAAGAUCAAUUUAUGUGUAGACUUUUUUUUUUUGUAAGAUAAUAGUUAACUAAAAUUUAUUGAAAUGGUCUUGCAAUGACUUGUAUCCAGAUGCUUAAAGAAAGCAUUGCUGCUACAAAUAUUUCUAUUUUUAGAAAGGGUUUUUAUGGACCAAUGCCCCAGUUGUCGGUCAAAGCCAUUGGUGUUUUUCAUUGUUAAAAAUGUCACCUAUAAAAUGGGCAUUAUUUAUGUGUUUGUUUUUUUUUUUGCAUUCCUGAUAACUAUAUGUAUUGUAUGAGGAGAAGUCUAUACAUUGGGUUAUGAUACUAGUAUAUUUAAACUUAACAGGCUUAUUUGUAAAGUAAACCACCAUUUUAAUGUACUGUAAUUAACAUGGUUAUAAUACAUACAACCCCACCCUCCUCCCCACCACACACCUUUUUUUGUGUGUGAUAAGCCAAUUUUGGUUUGCAAUAAAACCUUGAAAAACUAAA